AUGGAGCGUGGUCCUUUGCAGGUGCUGACCAUUCCUACAGCUCCUUACCCCAACCAGAGACCCAGCGUCAGCGGCCUGAGGAAAAAGGUUUAUGUGUUUCAGACCAAGAAGAACUACCUGCACAACUUCAUUCAGAGUAUCUUCUCAUCAAUUGACUUACCUGACCGGCAGGGUUCAACCAUGGUGGUGGGAGGAGAUGGACGCUUCUUCAACAGAUCUGCUGUUGAGGUCAUUGUUCAAAUGGCAGCUGCCAAUGGGAUUGGUUGUCUGAUCAUUGGACAACACGGGAUAAUGUCAACGCCAGCCAUCUCCUGUGUGAUCAGGAAACACAAAGCCAUUGGUGGCAUCAUCCUCACUGCCAGCCACAAUCCUGGUGGACCUGAUGGAGACUUUGGCAUUAAGUUUAAUACUGCAAAUGGAGGGCCUGCAAAGGAAACCAUCACAAACAAGAUUUUUCAGAUCAGCCGAACCAUUGAGGAGUUUGCCAUUUGCCCCGGACUGCGUGUAGAUCUGAAUACGCUGGGAAAACAAACGUUUGAUCUGGAGAAUAAGUUCAAACCUUUCACAGUGGAAAUCGUUGACCCUGUUGAAUCAUAUGCUAACCUUAUGAGAAACAUCUUUGACUUUGCUGCUCUGAAGGAGCUUCUGUCUGGAGAGAACCAUAUCAACAUAAGACUAGAUGCCAUGCAUGGAGUGGUUGGACCAUAUGUGACGAAGAUCAUGUGUGAUGAGUUGGGUUGUCCUGCCAGUUCUGCCAUUAACUGUGUCCCUAUGGAGGACUUUGGAGGUCAGCACCCCAAUCCUCACCUUAUGUACGCAACAGAUCUGGUUGACAGCAUGAAAGACGGACAGUAUGAUUUUGGUGCUGCAUUUGAUGGGGAUGGGGACCGUAACAUGAUCCUGGGUAAAAACGGUUUUUUCGUCACCCCGUCUGAUUCUGUGGCUGUGAUUGCUGACAACAUUUUCUGCAUCCCAUACUUUCAGCGUACAGGCGUGAGGGGCUUUGCUCGUAGCAUGCCUACAAGCACAGCGUUAGACAGAGUAGCCAAGGCAACGAAAAUUGAUCUGUAUGAGACUCCAACAGGGUGGAAGUUCUUUGGAAACCUGAUGGAUGCAGGCAUGCUGUCAUUGUGUGGGGAGGAAAGUUUUGGAACAGGUGGAGAUCAUAUUCGAGAGAAGGAUGGGCUUUGGGCUGUGCUGGCAUGGCUCUCUAUCCUUUCCAGCAAAAGACAGAACGUGGAAGAUAUCGUUAAGGGGCACUGGAUAAAAUAUGGAAGGAACUACUUCACAAGAUACGACUACGAGGAUGUAGACAUAGAUGCAGCGUGUGACAUGAUGGAGGAUUUGGAGAUUCUGAUUACAGACAAGUCAUUUGUAAAGCAGAGAUUUGCAGUAGAAGACAAGAUUUACCAGGUGGAAAAAGCAGACAACUUUGAGUACACGGACCCUGCUGACAGCACUAUCUCCAGGAACCAGGGACUACGGAUUAUCUUCUCCGAUGGUUCCCGAAUAAUCUACAGACUGAGUGGGACAGAUACUGUCGGGGCAACAGUUCGGAUCUACAUUGACAGCUAUGAGAAGGAACUUAUUUUAGAGGACACGCAGGUAAAAGUGAUGCUGGCACCCCUCGCAACUAUCGCCCUCAAAAUUUCUCAGCUUCAUCACAGGACAGGUCAAAGUGGUCCGUCAGUCAUUACAUGA